CCUUCCUGUUAAUAUACAGAGACCGACUGUUGCCGCCAUUGAAAUACCUCCGAAGAAAAAUUGGUAUGUGGGUUUCCUGUGUUUUUAUUUUUAAGUCAUAGGAAGUUACCAGGUCGAUCAAUGAGGAAGGAAAACUUGACUUUGGUCUCCCAUACGACGGAGGCCACGGUGUUCGUCGACACCAGCCUCGGCACCCACAUCGCCGUCACCAUCGACCCCAACGACACCGUUUCUGCACUCAAACAGAAAAUAGAACAUGAACAUCUAUUGUGCUUUACUAGGGCGGGAAAAAUCGAAGUUGAAGCUCUAAAGGUAAAACGCAAAGGAUUCUUUUAUCACCUAUCAGAUUCCAUGGUUGUUAGAAAUGCUUUCAGGGUCAACAAUAACUGGUUUGUUUCUGCCGAUGCUAAAGAUGUUCCGGGGAAAAGAUUGUCCAAUUUUAAUGAUUCAAUGCCAUUGCUACUUGAGGGGAACAAGCGUGCAGAAGAGAAAUUUAAUAUUGCUGACCGGGCUGGUUCAGUUGGUUCUGCUAGAGAAACUUCAAAACAAUUGGAGAUAGGGUUCAAGAGUUCUGGUAUUGAUCAUUGUGCAACUUCAUUUGAUGAGACGGCCAAUCAGCUGGAACCUGAAAUACAGGAGGACCACAGCCUACAUAGCGAGGGGUACAGAGUUCCCAAAACACAAGAUUGCAGGGCAGAUGGCUCGAGGAAAGAAAUUGAUGUCCAAUGCGACGUCUCUUCGGAAAAAGCUUUGCCUGCUGAAAAGAAAAGACAACGCAAGACUAAGCAGAGAAAAGAAAAACCAGUGCAGUUAAAAGAAGACGGUGCUUCAGUUCUUGGAUUUGGUAAAGAACAGUCGCAGCCAGAUAAUAUACCACCUGAAAAUUCAUUAGGCAAUCAGAGUAGAGAUGUUCUAUGUGACGUGACUUUUGGAAAGAAAACUACUACCAGUAAAGAUGUUUCACAGGAUAUGGCAGCUGGAAACAAAAACACUACAGAAGAACCUUGCGGGAGUUCAGCUUCUAGUAUGGAUAACAGGUCACAUUCUGGAAUUCAUAUGACAAAUGAUGCGUACAAGGGCACUGAAGUUCUUGGAAAACACAUCGGGAGCAGGGAGAAUACAUCUAAGCAUGGCAGUUUUGUGGUCUCCAAUAUAGCAGUGGAAGAUGCUUCACAAUCUCAGCCUGCUGCAAAGAAAAAGCGGAGGUUUGAAAACAUAUCUGGUCUUGAGGAUUCGCUGAAAGAAAAUGAUAAAGUGACUUCCAAGCCAGAGAUUGCAUCUGAAUUCUCUUUAAGGGACACACAGAAAAAUGCAAGUGCUAUCUUAUAUGGUUCAACUGCCGAAUCUUCGGAGAAGAAGAAGAAAAAGAGAAAAAUUUCACCAAAUUCUCUUCAUGAAGUAGUUGCUGCAGCUCCUUCCGGAAGAGAUGUUUUACAAGAGAGAUCUGCUGUUGCUGCUUCAGGAAGUAAUGAUAAAAAUUCAGGUGUAGAAGACAAUGCUGCUGCUAUUAAUGAACAAGGUAUACAAGCUUUAAUGCCACCUAAACUCAAUGGAAUCUCUCAGAAGGGAAAUCACUGUGCUCAUGUCCAAGAGUUGCGGGAAAAUUCUGGAUUACCCUCAUCACUGGAUGUUAAUAAUACUGCCAAUGUGGAAAACAAAAGUGGUGAGGCUGAAGAAGGAUUGGACAACCGUCCUUCCUCUGUUUUCAAAGUUCCCAGUGAAGGUGUAAUUGAUUGCGUAGAAAGAGUUGGAGAGGAGAGAGAAUCAUUACAGAGAAAGGAUUCUGAAUUGGUGACGUCUGAAAAGACACAGUUGCCUGGUCAGGAUAAGAGAGAUAGGAAUGAUACAAAAGUAAUUGUGAAAUCUGAAUGGUUCGAUGCAAAUGGAAUGGUCACCCCUAAUAACACUAGUAAGAAGAAAAAGAAGACCAGAAAAACCAAGGGAUCCAUAGGAGAAACUUCGGUUGAAUCAGGUGCAGGACACAUUAAAGGUUCUGAGAAUGGAAUUUCGUUGGAUGAACCUCGUGAAGCUGUACAUGGUGAACAUGCUAGUGAUAAAGCUAAGGAGGAGGCAAGUAAUGUUUCUAAGAAAAAUGGGAUAGACGUAUUAGAAAAAGAAACGGAGAGUUCUCAUAUCGUUGCGAAAACUGGUAGCCUUGAUCUCAGUGAGGUGGGGAACCUGGAGCAAAAUGGCAAACCUCAAGAAAAUGCAGAAGGUAUGGAGCAGAACAUCAAAAAGAAAUCUAAGAGGAAAAAGAGUACCAUGACAAAAGAAAUCCCGAAUUUGAAAGCUGAAGCGCAAAAAGUUGGUCACCAGGUUCCAACACCGACAACUGAUAUGUUGGACAAAACAAGUCCCAUUGAACAAUCAAAUGGGAAAGCUGUGGAAUCUGAUAAGGGCUAUGGCAUGGAAACUGAUUCGGUCCCUGCUCGGUCAAAAUCCAAGCGUAUUGACCCUACUAAAGCUCCUUCUCAUGCACUAGAACACACUAGCAUAAGUUUUGGGAACCCUCCUGAAAAUGGAUGCUCUAAUGAGGCUGAUAAGAACAUGGAAGUUUCUUGUGAAGGCAAUAAGGACAACUUUGACAACCAUCAGGUGCCUGGCCUAGGCCAGCAUGAAGUUGCCACCUCUAAAGAAGUGCACGCCGAGGUAACUAGAACAAACAGAGCAGAUGAUAAACCAAAAACGAAGCGAAGGAAGCUUGAUGUACAAAGUGGUCCCUCGCCUGAUCUGCAAAGUUCGCUCAAGUCUAAGAAGAACCAAGGGAUCAAUGGAAGGUCUGAAGCUGGCAACUCUAACUCCAUACAGCCGCAAGGAUCAUCAUCCAAGGGUGACGAUGGAAAAGGGUUUUCGAAGAAAGUUCCUAAAACUGGGACCAAAGCCCCAACACCGGAUAAGUCUGAUAAGAUGAAUUCCAUUUCUAAAGCAGCCCGAACUCACAGUGGUGCUAACGUUUCUGGUAUUGAUGGUACUCGUAUAGGGAAAAAGAAUGAUUCUUCAGCUGUACUGAAUUCUAAAUUGGAAAAAGCAAACAAUAAACCUCACCAAAAUAAAAUGGAUAACAAGUCUCAGUCAGGUGUGAACCGAAAUCGUGUGGCCAGUGGAAAACCUUAUGGUAUCGAUUAUGGGGAAGUUGUAAACAGCCCAGAAAAGAGGAAGAUCUUAGCUACGCCAAGGAAAAUUUUCAAGGAUGAUGACAGUAGUGGGAGUUCUGAAGAUGAAGGUAAAGAUGAACUUUCAAAGGCCAGCACCCAAACUCCAUCAGAUUAUUCGUCGUCUGGCUACUCAGAUGGGGAAAGCAAUGCAGAUAUGAGCACACCAAGAAGCGGAAAGGCUGGUGAGAGAAGCGUCAUAAAAUCCUGCACUUCCGGCAUAAAGGACAUGAAUUGGGAUGAAUUGGCCAAAAGUUCAAGCACAUUCAAGAAGGCAAAACUUACAGCGUCUCAGUCACAACUGGAGGAGGACAGCGAACCCAUUGAACCCGUACCCGACAGUCAGCCUGUAUCAUAGUCAUUGAACCGUCGCCAAUGUUUUCGCAUUCUCUCCGAGGCCUUGAGAUUAUUUUGUUUUCUGUUUUUACGUUUAGUUUGUCUCCCCUCCUUUGGAACCCUUUCAGCUGCAUCGUAUCUGUGCAGCAGUUUUGUCACGAAUCAAAAGGGUCUUAGUGCGUGUAGAAUCUGUAGAUUGCUUCCUUUUUCGCCCCCUUUUUUUCCCGCCAUGUAGUAACCUUAUUUGACUGUAUAAUUAAGGCAUGUUUAUGGAUUAUUUAAGGUUGCAAUUAAAGUGGAUUUUGUAGGACGAUUUUGUCGCGGAAAGAAGUAACAUAUUUUCAGUUUGCUAAGCGGAUUAGCAGGCUAAU